CAACACCUUCAUUUCUGGUCACUUUGUCACAUCACAUCUCUUCUGAAAGUCAGUUAUCUCUGACUCUGUCCAGCUUCUUGAACCUCAUCUAUGGGCGUUUGCUGAUAUUACACGUUCUCUAGAAUCCUUAUAAACAAGCGAUGGAUCAAUCAAAAUGAAGACUAAAUCAAACUUGUCAUUUUCCUCAAACUUAAAGCUCCCCAGUAAAACUGAAAAUUUCAAAGGCCUUGAUGUGAGGCAUAUCUUUCGUGUAUUGUAUAUCUUCCUCAGUUCAAUUUCAUACUUUCAUAACUCUCAGACCCUUUUGUUCUCAGUGUACGUUCAUAUUUUUCCGGGUCCCGACGAAAUGAAUCAUUCUCUUGCCCCAUGUUUCAUCUUCUUCCUUCUUCUUCUUCUACUUUUCAUCAUAACCGUUGGUGCCGAUGAUAGAUUCACAAACUGUAGUAGCCGGAUCAGCUGUGGAACCGUCAACAACGUUGGAUAUCCAUUCUGGGGAGAAAACAGAGCAGAAUACUGUGGUCAGCCUGGUUUCCAACUUGCUUGCCAAGACAAUACUCCAAAGCUGAUCUCCAACCCUAUCACUUAUCGGAUUCUCAAGUUCAGCUUGAGUGAUCAGAGUCUCACAGUGGUUAGGGAUGAUUACUGGCAAAACUCUAUGCCCAAAUCAGUACUUAAACACUAGCUUUGAUAACACCUUCUUCAAGCUUGCCGAUGGCUUUCAGGAAAUAGCCUUGCUAUAUGAUUGCAUCAAGAGUUUUGAUACAAUGGGUCAAUUCACCACUUCAUCUAAGGCAGAGUGUUCGAAGCAAAAGGUGUGUACUACGGGAGCUUAUCUACUUACAGUAUUGAUCUGACAGGAAUUUGCAAGGUCG